CGCUUGUGCAGCAAAAUAUUCCUGUAUCACCUUCAACAUGGCUGAAUGGGUUUGGGUUCUCGCCUUGGUGACCUGUUUCCACUCUAUAAACGCGGAGACUACUUUGACUCAGAUCCCGUCUAUAUCAAAAUCGCCGGGAACAACCGUCAAAAUCACCUGUACACGGUCAGGGGGCAGCAUCGGUAGCUACACGAGCUGGUACUGGCAGAAGCCGGACAGCAGCCCUGUCCUCGUGUGGUAUGGAAGCUCCACCAGAGGCACCGGUAUUCCAGACAGAUUCACGGGAUCCGUGGACUCAUCCACGAACCAAAUGCAUUUAACCAUCACCAACGUGCAAUCGGAGGACGCGGCCGAUUAUUACUGUGGUGUGUGGGACAACAGUAAAUACAAAUUCACCUUCGGGAGAGGAACCAAACUGAAUCUAAGCAGUCCGCGUCCCCCCACCGUUUCCAUUCUGGCGCCAUCAAUGGGUGAAGUCACCGCAAAAAGUACCGCCACCCUUGUGUGUUUGGUGAGCGGGUUCAAUCCGGGCGCUGUGGACAUUGAGUGGGCCGUGGACGGCAGUUGGAGAAGUGACGGCGCUGCGACCAGCCGGGUCCAGCAGGAGAAGGACAACUCGUUCAGUGCGAGCAGUUACCUGACUCUGCCAGCCGCCUACUGGAACUCACACGAGCUUUACUCCUGUGUGGUUAAACACGAAACCCAGGCAAUCCCGAUAAAGGCCAACAUCGCCAGAUCCAGUUGCCUCUAA